AUGGACGCCUCGCAGCCGACAUCUGAUCUUCUGGGCGAAGAGGAGGAGCUGGAAGCUGAGCAUGAUGUAUCCUUUCCCCGCGAUAUAUUCACCGUGGAACACUCCUUCGGCUACGAUUGCAAGAAGCUCUUUAAUUUAGUGCUGGUGGAUCCGGAUACACUGGUCUUUGCCUCUGGCAACUUUCUCAACUAUUUUAGCAUUUCGCGCCAGGAGAUUUCCUUCCAGGAAACGGUCUUCGGCUGUGGAGUGGGGUUUAUCACGAAAAACGAACAUCCGGACUACACGGGCCUCUUUACGGUGGGCGAGAACGGGCCAACUCCCACGGUCUUCAUCUACGAGUAUCCCUCGUGCGAGGUGCGCGUGAAGCUGCUGAAUGCAGCCAAGGCCUGUUUCACGGCGGGAUCUUACAACAAGAGCGGCGAGCUGUUCGCCUCGCAGGCCGGCUAUCCGGACUUUAUCAUCACCAUCUGGCGCUGGGAGAAGGCAGAGGUGGUGCUGCGCGCCAAGUCCUUCCAGAGCGACAUCCUGUUCGUGCACUUCUCCGAGCACAACCCCAUCCUGCUCUGUUCCUCGGGUCUGAGUCACAUCAAGUUCUGGAAGAUGGCCAACACGUUUACGGGCCUCAAGUUGAAGGGCGAUUUGGGUCGCUUCGGCAAGACGGACUUCAGUGAUAUCUAUGCCAUGUACAUGCUGCCCGAUGAGAAUGUGAUCUCCGGCAGCGAUUGGGGCAACAUGCUGCUCUGGCAGGCGGGACUCAUUAAGUUUGAGGUCUGCCGGAAGGGUCGAAAGCCCUGCCAUACGAAACCCAUCACGAGGAUCACCAUGAAGAACGGUGAGGUGACCACUGUGGGCAUGGAUGGCUAUGUGCGCGUCUGGUACUGGGAAACGGUGGACUUGGCCGAUCCGCCCGAGGAUGAUUUGUUCGUGGAGAUCGACCCGAUCUACGAGUUCAAAAUAGCCGACGUGGAGCUGCGCUGCAUGCAGAAGAUCCUGCCCUUCGACGAAUCGGACUUUACGCACUACGCACAGGAUGGAAACGGUGGGAUUUGGUUCUGCGACAUCAACACCUACGAUGUUCCACAGAAGCCGCGGAAGCUGUACUCCUGCAUUGGCGGCAAGGUGCUCACCUCGCAGAUGUCCCCGGUGUCGCCGCAUUUCCUCUGCAUGUCGGAGAGCGGCAAGCUCUUUGUUUACCAGUACGAGGAUCAGCGCCUCAUCCUGGAGAAGCAGUUCCCGGCGGAGGGGGUGGAUGUGCUCUGGCUGGAUACCCAGAUCUCGCUGAAAGGCACCGAAAUAGUGGCUGUGUUCAAGGACGGAAUCCUGCGGCAGAUGUACCUGGACCUCAGCAAUCCGGAGAAACCAACGAUGGUUCGGGUGAGAGCCUUCAAGGCGCACACGUCGCCCAUCACCAGAUUGACCGUGAAUCGGCAGAGCACACUGCUCCUCACCGGCAGCGCCGACAUGAGCAUAUUCAUCUACAAGCUGAGCCGGGAUCAGCAUCAGUUGGUGGACCUGCAUCCCCUGGGAUUCGUGCAGUUUGCCGGGAUCCCCAACUGCUUCUAUUGGCACGACACUGAACCCACUGUGGUCCUCGUCGGAUGCAAGGCUGGCGAACUGUACGAGUACAAUAUCCGCACCGAGGUCACCGAGGAGGAAACCUACCUGUCGUACAACAUCACCGAGAAGUCGCGCAUGCGCAGCACAAGAUUCGCUUCGAUCAAGAGCCGCAUUCGUCGGGAAAUCCACAGGGAGAACACGAAGAAGCGCAAGGAGAAGAAGCGGGAGCGCAAGAUGAACGAGGUGGAGAAGCUGAAGAAGGCCAAUCCCGGCCUGCAGAUUGACAUGGAGUCGGCGCUGGCUGACUCCGAACCGGAUGAGGAGGAGGAGGCACUUCACAUACCGCCCGUGCCCAAUCCAAUUAUCUGGCUGCGCUACACGGAGCGGGAUACCAUCUGGGUGUCCAUGGCGGGCUACGAUGCGGGCUACAUCUACGAGCUGGAGUUCGAUGCACCGGAACCCACCCGGGCCACCAUCAUAGCGGAGGGGGAUGACAUCGAGAUACACUCCUACUGCAUUAUUGACGAGUUCAUCAUCUUUGGCCUCGUCAACGGACGCCUGCGCAUCAAUUGCAUCAAUCCGGACAACUUUACGGACCUCUCCGAGUACCGCAUCUAUCCGAUGCACGACUCCCUGAAGGGUGUUAUACCCAAAAUCGAGACCAGCUACAAUGGAGAGCAUAUCCUCACAGUUGGCUACGAUGGCAAUAUGUUUCUGCACAACUGGAAAGGUCCGAAGAUUGUUAGGAACAAGCGGUGGGAUAAACUGCCGCCUCUUCCGGAGGGAGUUACCCGGAUUCCGGACAUCGAAGACGAGGCACCUUCGCUGGAGCAGGAGAAGAUCAAUGCGGAGCUGCGACGCCAGCAGGAGGCAGCCGAGGCGCAUGAUCGCGAUGUCCUGGACAAGAUCGGCUUGCUGCAGAACGUGUACUUUGACAUUAUCAAGCACAAUGAGGAGCUGCCUCCGGGUCUGCGGGCCAAGGACACGGAUUUGCUGCUGGACCCACGGAUUACGCGACAGAUCAGGGACGAGCUGCAAGCCGAGUUGGAUGAUGUUCGAGAGGAUCUGGCCUACGACCUGGAAUUCGCCCAGGUGGGGCACUCGAAGCUGUACAAUCAUUUCCUCAAGGAGCUGGUCCAAAUCCCCGUUACCGUCAGUCCUUUGCGUGCCAAAGUACCAGGUGUGUCCACUUUUCGGCUGCAGGCUUUGGGUGAAGAGCAUGAGCAGAUUAAGCGGGACAUAGAAGAGCGACUGAAGCGGGAGCACGACAUGGGACUCCAUGACCUUGUGGUGGCCGAGAGAUCGGACGAAACCAUUGGAGAGCCGCCGCCGGAGGCCUUCUUCUUCGGCAGAGAUCCCAAGAGCAUUGAACCGCGCUUCAGCAGGAAGAUGAUGCGCCUCCUGGUUCGCUACCGGAAGCGCCAGCUCUUCGAGGUGCGACGCAUCUUCGACUGGGACAAGCUGGAGCGCCAGAAGCCGGACCCGAAUCGCAACCAUCCGGACGACGAUGCCCAGAUCGAGGAUGCCAAGCGCAAUCUGGGCGACUUCAAGCUGAAGAUCGGCGCAGACUACGAGCCCAAAUCCACGGAGACGCUGACCCAGAAGUACAUAGAGGUCGUGGAGUGCCGCGAACAGUACUUUGCGAUGGUGGACGCCUUCAAUCAGCUGGUGCUGGAGCUGCGCGACCGAAAGGGCGACCUGGAGAAGUUCAUCAACGCCAAGAGGGAGCGUCUGGAGGUGAUCCACAGCUACCUGCCCGAAUCGGAUCGGAAGCCCCUGGCGGCGAUGCAGGAAACGGACAUGGAUCUCGAGUACCCAGACCUCAAUCUCAUCGAGCACUUUACGCCUGGCUGUGGUGUGGAGAUCGACGACAUCCUCACCCUGGAUCACACUGUGGAUGAGGUGAUCGCUAUGAAAUCGCCGCUGAGCUCGACGCACAGUGCGAGCCUGCUCAGCAUGCACGGAUUGGAUGUGCCCGAGCUGCACGAGAAUGCCGCCUUCACGAUGCUCCAGAUCAGCAGGCUAGAACGAAGCCUUCCCAAUGCGGAGCUGGCCGAGGAGCUGCUGAAGCUGCCGCCCAUCAGUGACCCGGCUUACUUCGAAACGAAUGAGGAUGGGGACGCUCCCUACAAGAUGGAGACACGCCACCGGUGGCUUCGCCAGCUCCUCGUGGAGCAGGAUGAGAUCCACACUGAGGUGGACGAGGAAGUCUCCCAGUUUGACAAGGCUCUGGCCAAGCUGCAGGUGCGCCGGUUCCACGUCAAACUGGACGCCGAGUUCAUGAACGCCUACAUGAACAGCCAGAACCAGGAGCUGUACAUCCUGCGCGACAGCGAGGAGAUCGAAACGCAGCUGCUCCUGAACGCCAAGACGGCGAUGAGCACGCGGAAUGACCUGCAGGUGGUCAUCAAUACCACCAACAGGCAGCUGGACGAGCUGAGGCGGAACAUCGACAAGCUGGGCGAGCAGAUAAUAGCCGUCCAGGUGCUCUUCUCGACCACCGUCAAGGGUCACAAGUUCUUCGACUUCCUGCGGCGCAUCUUCAAGAAGAAGUGGCGCCCGCCGAAGGUGGCCAAGGGCGACGACGAGUCGUCCUCGUCCUCCUCCUCGUCUUCCUCCUCCAGCGAGGACCAGCAGGCGGACAGCAAGAGCGUUGACUCAUUGGACAUGACCACCAUCCGAUUGGACGAGGCCACCUGUCCCACGGGUCUGGAUAGAUCGCUUUACGACCUGGCUUUCGCCAUGCGGGCCGAACGCCACGAACUGGAGCGGAAUGUGCGGGAUCUGCAGCGGGAGGUGGAGAACAAGCGCAAGGAGAUCGCCGAGAUGCAGAUCAAGAUGAAGUUCCACGAGGAAGUGUACCAGCGGGAGAAGAACGCCCUGCUGGAGUUUCGGCGCAAUCGCCAGCAGGAGGUCAACAAGGUUCACAUCAGCGCCAUCCUGCGCAUGGACCAACUGCAGCAUUUCUAUGAAGGCGACGACUACCGCGACCUGUCCAAGGCCAUUCUCUUCGACGCCGAUAUGCUGGUGGAGCUGCGACGCCGGGCGGAUGCUUUAAGUGAGGAGACGCUGGCCACCAAGCGCUGGCAUCGCAUCAACUUUAUCCACCUGAGGCGCAUGAACACGGACAUCAAGUUCAUGAGAUUCGAGAUAACGCGGUUGGAGGAGGAGAUUCGUCAGGCCAUGAUGAAGAAAUUCGGCAUCAUUGUCAAUCUGGAUGAGUUGGAGGAGGAGGUCCUGCGACGCUACAUUUUUGAGUUGGAAACUAAUGCUGAGGAUGAGCUAAUGGCGCUCGAAAAGGAGCUGUUGGAGAAGCAGAAAGAACUCUCUCGCUGUGAGGAGGAACUGGUUCUGGAGACCCAGAACAAUACCGAAAAGGUCAACAUAAUGACCGUGCUGCGGGAAGAGAACAACAUCCUUCGCACUCUGCUGGACAUUCAGAACCGCAACUAUGCCAAGUGGGCCAAUCCGAAUGCCCUGAAUCUGUCCUACGACAUUGAGAAGCUGAGGGGCAUAGAGAAAUCCCUGAAGGAGCAGAUCGAGUGCCUGGAGCGGGAGAUCUGUGCCCUGCGGCUCAAGUCGAAGCCUCUGCAGAUCAACUAUGAGUUCGAGAUAGAUCCCAAUGCACCGCCGCAGGUGACCAGCGAGAUUCUGCCCAACGACGAUGUGAUGGUGUGUCCGGCGAUCCUCAAUGUGGAUGCCUACAUGCUGCCACCCAUGCCCGAUGAGUUCAUCAUGGAUCGCGUGCAGACGAUCGUUCAGAAGAGCUUCAAUCGGUUCUUUGGGAAGAGCACAACUCCGGAGAAUGUGCGCAAAUUUGCCCUGCGGUCGUCCCUCUAUUUAUGCCAAGCUGCCUACAGUUUCCAGGGUCGCUACACGGAUCGCAUUGCAGAGUGCAUCACGGAGCACCUGCAGACGAUUGUGCCCAAGAAGUACUUCAUCCACAUCAGCGGCGAGGAGCUGCGCAAGCUCUUCAACGAGGUGGUGGCCGUAUUUGACUACGAACGCUCCGAUGUGAACACCGAGGAGCUGAUAUCCGGCAUUUUCGACCACGCCAAGGAUUCGCUUUGUGCCCACAUCCACCUGGGCGAUGCCGAUGUUGUUAACCGCACCCACUUCAUUGUAGCGCACAUGUUCAAGGAGCUGGUCGAGGUGCUGCCCCUGGAGGAGUUCCAAUCCGACGAGACCCUUCGCAUGAUCGUGGACGUGCUGGAGCGUGAACCGAUGGUGGAUCCGCGAGCCAUCGGCGUGGAGCAGCUCAUCGUGAGCACGCUGCAGCACGCCCAGGAGAAUUUAUUGGACGGAAUUACGGCGGUUCCGGUUCGCAAGUUGGGCAGCUCCAUUCAGCGGGACCUGAUCAAGCGGCGCCAGUACAAGCAGCCCAGCUGCGAGUCGCCCAUGUCGGUGCGGAUCGCCACGAAAAAGCCAGGACAGAGCACUGGGCUGCCCUUCUAG